AUCCUAAUGUUUAAAUGUUUAAAUAAGUAAAUAAAUGUGUUGCAUGGUCAUUCUGCACAGUUAUACAAAUGUAGGAUGAGUCAAAAAAUGCAAAAAGGACAUUUUAGUUAAUACUUACAUCUUUCGUUAAUGAUGACCAAUAUUAAAUGAAACACUUGCUUAGCAUUUCUUAUCUUAAACUAAUUUGAAACUUUAUUGAAUACUUCAAAAACUGUUUUAAAGGAAACCUCUUAGUCAUUGUGUCUUACAUCAAGAAGAUUAUUCUUCUCUGGUGCUUGAGCUACACUGAUGCUUUUCUGUGUGCCUCGUCCUUGAGAGGUAUUGAGACAAUAACGCGUUCUGUAUGUGCUUAGCAGCCAGCUGGUGCAGGUGGACAACACUUAAAACUGUCUUUCAAAACGCACACUUGAGUGCGUUUGUGUCUUUCUGACGUCUAACAAAGCAGUUAUGACGUUUACCUGGUGAUUCAGGUCGCCCUAAUGAAGUUUCUACACAGGCAGACGUGCACACCUUGGAAAACAAGGACAACAAUUGAAUCACCUAAACCAAUUUCACACACAUCUUCUUAGAAAAGAAGCUUCUUCUCGUGUGUCGGAUGUGAGAGAUCAGGGCUGACCUUUGAGGCAUCGGGAACCAUAAAACCAAUUCCAUGGGACAACCUCAAAUCAAAAGACUUUUAUUCAUCAGAACACCUAAAAGUUUCUGAGCUGCUUCUUAGAAAAGGGCCACAAAGACAGCAAGUUAACUUGCAACUUCACUUAUGCUUAACCAAUUUUCUGACCGUGAAGUGUGUGCGCAGGCUCACACCGACACUUUCAUUCAGAAAGGAACAAGUGACGCCUCACCUCAGUCACUCCCAAAGUCCUUGAGACUCUUUGGUUCUUGCAUCUAUAAAAAAAAAAGAAAAUCCUUUUUCCUCCUCUGAGGAGGCAGCAGCAAACACCCUUCUCCUGCCGAGCAUUUGAUCACAGAGAGGAAGGAGGAAUAAGAGCAGCAGCGCCUCUAAAUCUGCGGAUAAAAGCAGGAAGAAAGGCAAAAAGAAAGGAAACACAAAAGAAAAAGCUGACGAUGGUGUCUCUUUGCUGGCUGUUGGUGGUUCUAAUGGGAUGCAUGUGCGCCACUGGAUCUACAAACAACUCUAUAGUCAACGAUCUGAACAGGAAAAACAGGAUAUUGGACUGCGUCCAUCUCUGCAUGUCUGGGAUCAAACCUGAAAGCCCAGACCUUGGUGGGUCGGUCCUUCCACCUAAGAAUAUUGAUGAUGGUGAUCUCUUACUUAGCAUUUUUUUGGCCACUCUGGCUGCUCAAGACAAAGCAUCAGAGUCAGAUAUGAACCGUCGCUCAUAUGCCAUGGAGCAUUUCCGCUGGGGGAAACCCAUAGGACGCAAACGGAGACCCAUCAAGGUUUUUGCCUCCUCUCUGGAGGAAGGGGACUCCUCGGAAAGGAGCUUCCCAUUUCGGGUUCGCAGACAUCUGAGCAGUGACAAGAAUGAAGCAAAGGGGAUGCACCAUGAAGCAAGUCACAGAAACCUUGGUUUGCUGGUGUCCAAAUUCCCCCCCAGAAAAGAUGUACCUCUGCAGGAUAGAAAAGAAGAAACCUACAGAAUGAAUCAUUUCAGAUGGGGGAGCCCACGUACAUCCAAACGAAAUGGCAGCUUUAGGAAGCUGUGGGAGGAAAGCUCUGAGGAGAAUCCAGCCACGCUCCUCAAAAACAUUAUCUUCAUGAAAGAUGUGCAAAGAAAAAUUGACUGAUUAUCAUUACAUGCUACUUUGCAUCUUUAUUUAAACUGCGGAAACUACCACAGCUGACUUUAGCGUGUUGUUGAAUGUAUUGUACUUUGGGCCAAAUAUUUGCCUCAUUAAACAAUAAAGGAGAUGUGUUGAAUAAAUGGUUUGAAUGACUGCUUUGAAAGUCUUGGUCUUGACUUCUUCAGGGUUUCUUUAAUCUUUUUAAUAAAAGAUUUUAUUUUCAGAUAUUAUUCUAUUCUGUAAACUAGCUUGUGAAAGGAUGUGAAUAUUUGUAAAUAUUUCUUCAGUUUUUGACAGCAAACUUUUUAAAGGGAAUAUUAAAUAAUUUGCUUUCUGCACCAAGAAAUAUGACUGGUUUUAUUUUUAUGAUAGCACGUAAAUACAAAAUAAUUGAGGGCCCAUCAGAUGGUGCAAAAUUCAAGUUAUAUUAAGAAAGGGUUUAUCCCUGCUGAGUUUUCAUACAAAUAAUGCGUAUUUUUCGACCCAUUGUUGUUCUUAUUAUGCUCUGAUGUGCUCAACCUUUCCAACAAAGAAGCUAUUGGAAAUAAAGUAGUCAUUAC